CGGUCUGGCCGAGAGCUGGAGGCAGUGGGUGGUGCUGGCGGCGUCGGCGGCGUGGGUGCCCGAGAAGGAGGAGGAGGAGAAGCGGAUGAGCAGAGCUCAGGGCCUGCCGGCCUCCCUGGCAGCCUCUGAGUGGCACAGGGCAAGGCUCCUGCUCUGUGCCGGAGGCAGCAUGGUCUUCCGGGCACCAUGGGCCCUGACAGAGUAACAGCCCGGGAACUGUGCGAGAACGACGACCUGGCCACCAGCCUGGUCCUCGACCCCUACCUUGGCUUCUGUACCCAUAAGAUGAACAUCAGCCCCAUGCCCCCCCUGCGGCGCCAACACCACCUUCGCGCGGCACUAGAAGCUUUCCUGAGGCGGCGUGACCUGGAGGCUGCGUACCAGGCCCUGACGCUGGGAGGCUGGAAGAUCCACUACUUCCAGAGCCGGGGCCCACGGCAGGAGGCCGCCCUCAAGACCCAUGUGUUCCGCUACCUUCGCGCCUUCCUGCCAGAAAGCGGCUUUGCCAUCUUGCCCUGUACCCGCUACUCUAUGGAGACCAAUGGAGCCAAGAUUGUGUCCACCCGUGCUUGGAAGAAGAACGAGAAGCUGGAACUGCUGGUGGGCUGUGUGGCAGAGCUGCGGGAGGCAGAUGAGGGGCUGCUGAGGGCUGGUGAGAAUGACUUCAGCAUUAUGUACUCCACCCGAAAACGGAGCACCCAGCUGUGGCUCGGCCCAGCUGCCUUCAUCAACCAUGAUUGCAAACCCAACUGCAAGUUUGUGCCCACAGAUGGGAACGCAGCUUGUGUCAAGGUGCUUCGGGACAUCGAGCCGGGGGAUGAGGUGACGUGCUUCUACGGCGAGGGUUUCUUUGGAGAGAAGAAUGAGCACUGUGAAUGCUAUACCUGCGAGAGGAGGGGCGAAGGAGCCUUCCGUCUGCGGCCCCAGGAUCCUCGGCUGCCUCCACAACCCCCGGACAAGUACGAGCUCCGGGAGACUAAGCAGCGGCUGCAGCAAGGCCAGGAUGGCGGUCAGCAGAGCCAGCUCAGCCCCCAGGCCUGUGCUCACCUAUCCCUGCUGCGCCGGGACCCCUUCUGUGCGGCCUGCCAGCCCCUCUGCCUGCCACCUGGACGCUCCCACCUGGACAGUUUGCCCCUCUGGCUCCAGUGGCUGCCCCAGGCCCAGCCCCGGACACGCCCCCGGAAGCGCCGACGCCCCCGGCCCCACCCAGCCCCAGAGUCCCCCAUCCUUCGCAACGCCCGCAUCUCCCUGCACCAGUGGGGAGGCUGCGGCCCCCACUGUCUCCUGCAGGCUGAAGCCAUAGUGGCCUUGGGCCUGCCCCCUCGCUCGUGCUGGGCUUCCCAGGAGGACUGGCGCUGGGCCCGGCACUACGGGCUGCCCUGCGUGGUGCGGGUCAGCCUUCACCGCCUGGCCUCAGCCCCACCAGCUGCCCCUGCCUCUGCCACUGGGACCCUUGACCCUGACACCAUCCCUGUCCCUAUCCCCAAGCAGGCCCUGGCUUUUGCUCCUUUUGCCCCUCACAAGCGCCUGCGUCUGGUGGUCAGCCAUGGCUCCAUUGACCUGGACAUCAACAGUGAUGAGCUGUGAUGGCCUGGGCAGGGAGCCCCAGGCACCAGUGGCAGCCACCUUGCCUGCCUGCAAGGAGUCCUGGGACCUUUAGGAAAGAGCUGACCCUUGACUCGGGCACAGCUCUCAGCUGGGAAGGGGGCUGGCUAAGGACACCAGGGAUGGAGUCCCUUGUCUUUUGUGACUGCUGACCCCUGAGCCAACCCAGCAGGGAGCCCGGGCUAUUCCAUUUACCCUACCCCCAUCUCAGGAUUGCAGGAGCCAACACUCACUACCCCUUCCUCCCCAGGGAGCCAAGCCAUAAAGGGGUGGGGACCACCCAUGGCAUCUCCCCGGGAGCCCAGGCCUCAGGAGGUAGAGCUGUCCCAUGGCAGGGAGUGGAUUUGCUCUUAGCUCUGCAGAUGUCUGGAAAGAGGUCGGGGAGGUGGGGGGCAUAUCCCCACCCCUUGUGGUCUCAGGGAGGCCAGGUGCAACCUCUUUUCUCAUGGUGCUAUCCCUGGUGCUACUGGGGUGUGGGGGACCUCCCACACCUAAUGGGGUAUGUUGGAGAUUGGAAGCACUUGAACUUUUUAUUUUAUUAAAACCUUGUUA